AUGAAGGGCUUUGUUGGUGGAAUUCCUAUCGCCCUGCUGGCUGCGGCCGCGCAGGCCAUGGAGCACGGCACUCCAAACGGCCAGGGCAUCCAGACUGGCAGCUACUACCCUCACGUCGGCGGCACUGCCAUGGGCGGGCCCUCCGGCAAUGAUGAGGAUGGCGGUUUCACUGGUCCCUUUGGCGCCAACGUGCAAACCCACACCGAUGUGGAUGAGUACACCAAGGACGACCACUCGGUCAACAUCAAGGAGACUGAUGUUUACCCAGAACUUCGCCCUGUCUUCGGACCUGGCGAGGGCCCCUUCCCCAAGCGCAAGUACCCGCACUACGGAGGCACCGCGAUUGGUGGCCCUUCCGGCAAUGACGAGGGUCAGACCUUUGAUAUGCCAAUGAUCGCCAAUAUCCAAACUACCGUGGACGAGUACGCCAAGGACGACCACUCCGUCAAGGUCAAGGACACCGACACCCACCCACCUCCGGACUUCAUUCCAGCGGGCCCUCCUGCCGGCUUUGGAGGUCCCCCUGUUGGUUUCCGCCAGACUGCCAACCCUAACGGAGACCCUUACCAUAUUCCCGCUACUGCGUUCGAGAAGCGCUGGGAGCCUGAGUUCGGUGGUACCGCCCUGGGUGGUCCCAGUGGUGGUGACGAUGAGGCACCCGAUGGAUUCGAGGGUCCCUUCGUUUCUGGCGGGACUGCUGAAGGUGGUCCUUCUGGCGAUGAUGAUGGAAUCAGCUUCGGCAACCCGAUCACUGCGUCGGUUCACACCAGUGUGAACGAGUACAGCAAGGAUGAUCACUCUAUCGAUGUCAAGAACACGGACAUCUAUCCUGCUGCGUUCAAGCGUGACUGGGAGCCCUUGCAGGGCGGUACUGCCAUAGGUGGCCCCUCUGGCAAUGACGGUGGCCAGACUUUCUCCGCUCCUAUCACUGUCGAUGUUACCACUGGUAUUCACGAGCACUACGAGGAUGACCACUCCAUCGAUCUCGAGCACGACGAUGUCUACUCUCCUCCCACCUUCCCAGUUGGUGGUGGCCCCGGUCCUGUCAUUCCUUACGGUGGUCCCUUCCGCCGUGCCUACUCUCCUGACCGUGUUGCUGGCGGUGGCACAGCCCUGGGUGGUCCCUCUGGCGAGGACGGUGGUGUCAGCUUCGGUAACCCUACCUCCGUUGGUGUCGACAGCAACGUGAACGAGCACUCUGAGGACAACCACGCCAUCAAGGUGGACACUACGCACGUCCACGGUCCUGCCGUUGCGGUUCCUCAGAUGCCAUGGAUGACCUACAAAGAGGAGGCCCCCAUCGAGCACCCCGGCCCUAUUGCCCCUAAGCCUGAGAUCCCCGAGGCUACUCCUGCUCCUCCAUCAUCGGCUCCCAUCUCCGAGGUUCACGAGGAGCAGCCCGCCCCUAUUGCCCCUAAGCCUGAGAUCCCCGAGGCUGCUCCUGCUCCUCCAUCGGCUCCCAUCUCUGAGGUUCACGAGGAGCAGCCCACCCCUAUUGCCCCUAAGCCUGAGAUCCCCGAGGCUGCUCCUGCUCCUCCAUCAUCGGCUCCCAUCUCCGAGGUUCACGAGGAGCAGCCCGCCCCUAUUGCCCCUAAGCCUGAGAUCCCCGAGGCUGCUCCUGCUCCUCCUCCAUCGGCUCCCAUCUCUGAGAUCCCUGAGGCUGCUCCCGCCCCUCCCUCUGAGCCCAGUGAGGAACACGAGGAGGUUCCUCAAUGCGCUUCCCAGGUGGAGGAGGUUGUCCACACCGUGACCAAGACCCAGUACCAGGAGGUACACCCCACUCUGACAGUCUACGCGACCCCCGUGGCCCAGGUCGUCCAGACUUCCGCCGCAGUGCCCAUGUCCGCUAUCCCUGAGCAGUCCAACACCGACCCCAAGGUCGUCUACUCCGCUCCCGCUGCUCCUUCAUCCCUCACCCCGUCCCAGAGCUACAACUACGCGCCCCAGCGCCCCAUGAGCUCCAGCGCCGUCUACUCCGCUCCCGCUGCUCCUUCAUCCCUCGCCCCGUCCCAGAGCUACAACUACGCGCCCCAGCGCCCUGUGAGCUCCAGCGCCGUCUACUCCGCUGCAGCUGCUCCUUCAUCCCUCGCCCCGUCCCAGAGCUACAAAUACGCGCCCCAGCGCCCCAUGAGCUCCAGCGCCGUCUACUCUGUGAUCCCCGUGCAUGUCCCCAUUGCCACUCCCUCGUCCAGCAGCGUGAUGAUGUCCAUGGCUACCCCGUCCAGUAGCCACGGUCUGCCCAGCGGUGCCGAUGCUCUGCAACGUCCCUCUGCCUCUGCCAAGCCCUCUGCCAAGCCCUCUGCCGUCAUGUUCCAAGGCAGCGCUGCUCGUGUCUCUGGCGGAAUCGCUUCGGUCGCUGCUGCCGUCUUUGGUGUUCUUGCUUUCGUGCUGUAA